AUGGAUCAGUCGCUUGAGUCCCUGUCAUAUGAGUACAUUCGGGAAUGCCUUCGGACGAACAGCAGCUAUGACGUAUCGGUGAGCAAGUACCACGAGGCGGUGAAGUCCAGACAGGGGGGGAGGACGGGACGUGCAACCGCAGAUGGAGCAACCGCAGAUGGAGCAGCCGCAGAUGCAGCAGCUGCGGGAGGGGCAACUGUGGACAAGGGAGCCAAGACCAUGCAGAAGAGCACCGGGAAGGCCAAGGCGAACAGCACCAUGUACAGCCUAUUCGACAUGAACAUGGUAACUCUGUACGAGGAGUUGCUGGAGGUGUUCAGCUACAACCAAAUUGUAAUAAAGAAUUGUAACUUCACCUUUUCUAAGAUUAACAAGACUACGUACCAGGGGCGGGUGUUCGUGUGUUUCGUGAUGAAUGGAGCUCACGUGAGUGCCCCCGCGUCUGCCCCUGCGUCUGCAUCUUCAUCUUCGUCCGCGUCUGCCGCUGCACCUGCAUCGACGACUUCGAACGAACAUGUAAAAAUUAAAACAGAGGACUCGAAUGCACUAGUAACGCAACCAGACACAAAUCCAAUUCGAAGGAAGAAAAGUAGCAUCCUGCACAGCUUAAAGGUGAAAGGAAACAAAGUAUCGAAUGUAAAGGAGGUUCUUAAGGACACAUUCGAUACACUAAUUUUUUUCAUGAUUAACAGAUACAAUAUUAAACUGAAGAUAAAUCACCCCUAUAGGGUGAAGGAGACAUGCAGUUAUGUAAUUAAGAAUGAAGAAGUGUAUAAAUUUUUGCGACACGAUAAUUAUUUUAGGAUCGACCUGAACAAAUUACAUUACGACAUUAAUGAUUACUCUUUUGUUUUUAAAAUGAACAUAACUCAGUUUAGUGACUUUUUUAAAUACAUAAAGCAUAUCCACUCAUGUGCUUAUUUGAUCUCUCUUCUCAUUAGAAUAAUCGCAGACAAAAAUAAAAUUCACAAGUACAGCUCGCAGCUUUUUUUUUGUAAGAGGAAUGAGGAGUGCCUUUGUAAUUUGUACAUGAGUUUUGUAAAACAAAAUCAGGAGAGCUUCCAGAAGAUUUUUUUUAAUAGCAAAUUGGUUAGCAUGGACAAUAUCAUUCCUUCUAAGGUGUCGCUAAUUGAGGAGGUUAAGAAGAAAAUAAUAAAAAGGCGAGACUUGACCUACCCCGAUGAGCUCUUCAUAUGCUCCUUCGUCAAGUCUUUCUACACCUUCAAGGUGGACGCAGCAGUGGAGAGGAAGCUCACCGCGGGGGAGGACAAGAAUGGGGAGAAGCAGGUGCAGGGUGUCGUCGACGUGAGAGAAGCGAACGAAGCGGUCGACAUGGGCGAAGCGGUCGAUACGAGCAACACGAACGACGCGGUCGACACGAGCAACACGAACGACGCGGUCGACACCGCUAACAUGAAAAACCUGCGCGACUUGCCCUUCACGGGGAAAACCCCACCAAGCGCCCACACAGACCGCACAAACGACGUCACGCACGAUCAUAUACUUAUAAGCGACGCCACCAGUGACGAAGAAAGCAUUAAAAAAGGGGACUCAGCAAAACCUCCUUGUAAAGGCAUCCCCCAUACACAAGGCGAACAAACCUAUUUAACAUACCCUACGAAGAAUGGCGAAAAAAAUGAAACCACAGGAAAAGCCCCCGACACACAUCUUAGCAGUAGCGGGGGAAACAUAAAAGGGACCGUUAGUUAUUAUAGUGGCAAAGGGAUACAGGUGGAUAAAAAGAAUGGCGAGAACAAGGGGGUAAGUUACUUGCAGGACCCUGCUAAAAAGGUCAGAUGGUAUAAAAUGAGCAGCAGUAAAAGUGGCUCCAUCUCGAAGGUGAACAAUGGUUGGCAUGGAUUCAUAUAUAGAAACAGCACGCGGGUCCCCUUUUCCGGAGCCAUCAAGGGGGAGACACAGGUGCAGUCAGGUGAGCAGCUUCCAUCCGCUUCGCAGUCGCAAGUGAACACUUUCGUAUCUGUGCAAAAUACAGACCAAUUGGGGAAGAGGACACGGACCGUCGACGAGUCCAUUGUGGGGGACCAGAAGACGGGACGCACGGUCCACGAAAAUGUUGGCGCGGACAGCAGCCACAAUGCGCUCGAUGGUCAGCAGUUUGUAGUUAUUAACCUCGAUGAUAGCACGUGUGAGGAGAGUUCCAACGAGGUGGUGCUGGACAGGGAGCAUCGCACCAAUGAGCCGCAAGCAGAUGAGCGGCCAACCAACGAACCGCCACCAACGGAGCAGCCCACAGAGCGGGUAGACGACGACGCGCCGAUCACCCACACGGAAAUGCGCCAGGGGAAGAAGGGGGAGGAAAUUGAAAAGGGGAUGGCGCCCCAGAGUAACAGCCAUGACGAGGGUGUGCCCCCCCAUUACGGUGCUUUGAAGAGGAGGAAGACCAGCGGGGAGUUGGGCGCAGAGACCAUAGACACUGGAGACGUACACGGUAGAGGUUCUGUUAACACCCCUGACGCGGCGGCCGGCCUUACCAAGGACGUGAGUUACCAGAAAAAGUUUCCUCAACAGGAAAAGAUCGUGUACGAGUGUAUACUCGGGCAGGGGCGCGUGAGACAGAACCCAAACAAGGGGCACAGCAGUAGGAGCAUGAGUAGGUGGACUAACAACAGGCGUUCUGCACAAGAGGCACUUCAUGACAAGGGCGGUUGGAACAGAAGCGGACACGACGAGCGCGGUGAAGGUAGGCAUGGGGACAAGAAAGAAGAGGGGCAAAAGUCGAGUACUGAGUUCUACCUGCCGCCCCGCUCGUCCAUUUCUAAUAACAACAUUGGUGGGUUAUGCACAGAGCAACGGGGCACUGAUCAUAAGGGAAAGUAUAUUGAGGUCGACACACGGGGGCGCAAAGUAGACACUGUGAUUGGAAGUGGUAUGAGUGGACGCGGCAUGGUUGGGCAUACCUCACCCAACGUGCAGGCGGAACGUUUCCCCAUGGGGGGAGUCGCUGUGAGACGGCGUCCCCUUACACGAAGUAUGACAAAGCGUAAUGUAGUUAACGGAGGAGACUGUCAACUCGGUGAGGCAAGCGCACCACAAGGAAGUCCCACUCAACAGUACCACAACAAUUACGUUAAUAAAAAGGAGAACUACAUGGUCAAUACACAAGACCAUCAUUCAAUGUUCAACACAAAUGAACUGUACACAGAAGCAGGGAAAAAAGAAAUGCAGAAUAUUCAAAUGAUAAAAAAAAUAAAUGAACACUUUUGCUACUUGAAUAACAGUGAUAAAAUGAAUGUUAUAAAAAUACUUUGUAGCUACAGGACUUAUUUAAAAAGAAUUUUUUAUUACGAAUGCAUAAAGCAGGAUUACUCGUUCGAGGUGGAGACGUGCAUCUUUUACCUGGAGUAUAUAAGCUACAACGGCAUGGACAAUGCAGUGGGGAGUUGUAGUCCAGGUAGAGGAAGUGACAACCCGAUUGGACGUGUUCGUAGCCAUGACGAUAGUGCCCGUCGGGGGCUAGGAGGACACCAUGGAAGAAGAGACAGACGGCGUAAUGACCACACAAUGGGUUAUGCCAAGGAAACCUUGCAGGGGGAGGACAACACGCACCCCCAUCCUACCUUCUGCGACCAAUUUGAGCAGGGAAAGAAACAAAAGCUAAUGAAUAAAAUAAAUUAUUAUACAAAUAAAAUCGGGGCAUUGAAUCAAAUCAUUUCUACCUACACACACAUCACUUCAACCUACAUGGAUCAAAUAAAGAAAUACCUGGAGCUCACCGAGUGCAUUAAAAAAUUUCGAUGUAGCUUUUACUACAAUGAACUCGAUUCAGAGAACGAGGAGGAGAUGCCCCUGGGCGCGGUACCGCCAUCGAGGGGGGUGCUUGGUGAGGUUGGCGUGGUGCAUAGCGGUGAGGUUGGCGAUCAAGUCGACGACCUGCUUGGCGGUGACGUCUGGCACAACGGGGCGGACCAAACGUACCAGGACAUGAUGGACCACAUACACAGAGACAUGGUUAGCCAAAUGUAUAGUUCCACCGCGAACCCAAUGUCUAGUCCCCCCGUAAGUCCAAUGCCUAGUCCCCCUGUAAGCCCAAUGCAUAGUCCCUCUGGAAGUCCAAUGCAUGGUGCUUCCUUAAAUCGCAUGCAUGUCGCUUCCCUAAGCCCAGCGCACGGUGCUUCCUUAAGUCGCAUGCAUGUCGCUUCCGUAAGCCCAAUGCAUAGUCCCCCCGGUAGUCCACUGCACGGCGCUUCCUUAAACCGCAUGCAUGCCGCUUCCCUAAGCCCAAUGCAUGGUGCUUCCUUAAGUCGCAUGCACGGCGCUUCCUUAAGCCCACUGCGUAGCGUCGCAGUGAACCCAAACGCAGAACCCGAGUGCUUGAGGAGCUUCCCCGAAGAUGCGCGGGCGGUACCGGCGCAGCGCUUCUCUCACCAAGGGGGGCAGCACCCAAGCGAAAAUUUCCUGAACAAGAAUACUGGAGACGGACUUACCACUUGUAGGUUCGAACCCAUAACUCAAGGGACAGGAAUACCAGGCCAUCGCUACAUCAACGUAGACAAACAACACAGAUGCAAGAGCAUUAUUAAAACUCCUUUUAUUACUUCUUAUGGACGGGAGGUUAGCAAGCCAGAAGAGAAUGAAAACGUUGUUGUAGAGAGGACCUUGGGGUUGGUUCAAGAAGAGGGGAAGGAUAAUGCAAGGCAAGUGGUGCAUGCUAAUUUGCAUUCUCACCCUACUAACAGGAGUGUGUUAAGCUCCACGAGUAAGUGGAACAAGGGAACCCUCGAGGGAGAUUACCCUGGGACCACAACUGUCCCCAGGGGUAACUAUAACCUACGCAAUGGCAAACGAGACUACCAGAACAUGAGGGGAGUUACUCGUUUUAACACAGGCGCUCAGCUGUGUCACAGCCCGUUUUACAAUUAA